AUGGCAAAGAACAUCGACUCUUUCGAACAACUUAUGACCCGAAUCGGACGUCUGCGGAUGAGAAGAUGUGGUCCAACACCAGCCUUGACUAUCUUCGUCGCUUACGCUCCAACAUCAAGCUACGAAGAAGAAGAAGUCGAAGCUUUCUAUAUGGACCUGGAGAAGUUCUACCGAGAAGAUCAUGCCUUCUACAAGGUCAUAAUUGACGAUUUCAACGCCAAAGUUGGCCCAAGAAGAACGCCGGAGGAACUUCACAUCGGGACCCACGGCCUACAAUGGAAUGACCAGAGGGAGAGGCUCUCCGAGUUCAUCAUUACGACUAAGACCAUCCAUGGGAACUCGCAAUUCCAGAAGCCCUCCUCUUUACGCUGGACGUGGGAGUCACCCGGUGGAGGGUACCGUAAUGAAAUAGACCACAUCAUCGUCAAUAAAAGGUUCUGUCUGACGGACUUCGCUGUUGUAGCAAAGUUCUAUACGGGAUCGGACCAUCGCCUCCUCCGAGGAAGAUUUUCCUUCACAAGGAGAGCAGAGAAAGCCGCCAAGUUCAAAGAGAGAAAUCCCAGAACUAUCAUUAACUGGGAUCUUUUCGCUACGCUAGCCGGGUUUUGGGAAGAUUCCGCAAUCGACAAGAUUGACGAGGAAUAUGACCGGCUGGUUGAAUACCUUCACGAUUGCACGAAGAAGGCUGAGAGUUUUAAAACUACCAAGAGACGCCUGUCUCUUGAAACUCUUGAGCUGCUACGCCAGCGUAGAGCAGCACAAACUGCAGGGAACCAAGAACUCGCAAAGCUUUGCAGAGAGGCGAUAAAGGAAGACCAUAAAGAGAGUAGAGCAGAAGUGCUGGCUGAAGCUGCAGAGGCGGUAAAAAGCAUCCGCUAUGCCCGUCGAGACUUCACCAGUCGCAAGACAAGAAUGACUGCUCUCCGGAUAACCAUCGAGAAGGAGAAUGGAGAAAAUCAUCUACGACUUCUGCUCUGA